AUGAUGAAGGUGAUGCUUAUUAUGGGAUGUCUGCUGUGCCUGAGCCUGGCCUCCACUGGGCAAGAGAAAGCCAACAGCGACAGCCUGGAGAGGGAUACGGCUCACCAACGUGUAGCUCGCUCUGGCUCAGACUCCACCUCAAACUCUGGUGAGAGCACCACCAGAGCUGCCACCACCAGAGCUGCCUCCACCACAGCUGCUGCAGGUGCUGCUCUUAGUGCGGCACAAAUACAACAACUGAUUCAAGCGCUCACCGCAGCACUGGGGUGA